UUUGAGUGGAGGAAGAGUUCGUCUUGCUUUCGGAAAUGGUGGCAGAAAAAACCUCGCACUGAAACUUUCGUCUCUCGUGACAUUAAUGCCAAAGCAUGAUCUAGAAGUGCCAAAGUCGACAGUGUAAAGACAUUUUUUCUGCAGUUUGUGCCUGAUCUGUCAAAAAUUUCCCAUUCGGACUCAAAAUGACAACAAUCGGGAGACUGUGGCGGCAGUAUGUGCCAGCAAGAGUGAGCGAACUGCUAGCCGUGAUCAGCGUAACUUCUACCUGCAUGCUCUUCAUACACACAAGCCAUCUGCAGUCUCAGCUGGCUGUCUACACCAACCAUCUGGAUGACCCAACUGGAGUCCACCAAGCCGGGUCGUCGAGCGCCUUCGUGAGCCGGUCGGAGGCUGACGUCCCCAGCGCCGCGCAGAAGUCCUCCUCGCAUCACAAAUCGAAAUAUGGCGGCUUUAAUCUGGACGAGUUUCGGCAUAUUGACCCGAUGACUUUGAACAACACCGUGAACCACCCCAAGAUGACCCUAGUGUUCAAUCGAGUGCCCAAAGUGGGCAGCCAGAGCACCAUGGAACUGCUCCGCGCGCUCAGCUACAAGAACGGUUUCACGUUCCACAAGGAUCGCCCGCAAAAGGUCGAGAACAUCAAGCUAUCUGAAAGAGAGCAGAAACGACUGGUGCAGUUGGUGGAUGUCUUCCGGCCACCAUCUGUCUAUGUCAAGCAUGUUUGUUAUAUCAAUUUCACAACGUUCGACGUAACGCAACCAUUGUACGUGAACAUGGUGCGAGAUCCAGUUGAACGUGUUAUCUCAUGGUAUUAUUACGUUAGAGCACCAUGGUACUUCGUCGAACGCAAACAAGCUUUCCCUGAAUUACCUUUACCUUCGGCUAUGUGGCUACGGAAGGACUACGAGACGUGUGUGCUAACUGGAGACAGAGAAUGUCAAUACAAGGAAGGAGAUGAAAGACCUGAUUUCGCCCAACUCACAGAAUUUUUUUGCGGACAAGACAAAAAGUGCACUGGGUUCAACACGGAAUAUGCACUGCAGAAGGCAAAGGAAAACGUAGAGAGGCAUUACUCUGUUGUUGGCGUUCUGGAGGACCUCAACACUACCUUGACAGUCCUGGAACAUUAUGUCCCCAGAUUCUUCAGGGGAGCCAAAGAUCUAUACUGGAAUGAGGUGCAGAGAUUCUCCAAAGUAAACCGUAAUAUCUACAAACCACCCGUUCCUGACAGAAUAAAGGAUAUUGUGCGGAAGAACUUCACAAGAGAAAUAGAAUUCUAUGAGUUCUGCAAACGUCGAAUGUAUAUGCAAUAUGCUGCACUAAAUCUUCCUGAGACACCAUAAAAGACCGAUGUUCCUUUAGAAAAAUUAUAUAUGGAAAAGCCAGUUUGUUUCUCUUUUGUAGCAGCAAGAAUAUAUUUAUAUGGCUUGGUUUCUUCUAGCUCAAUUACUAUAUUUCACAAAUCCAUUAUUGCCAGAUUUUCAUGGCUUUGGAUUAACAUGUAAAAGAUGAUAUAAAUCAUUUGCCCAAAAAGCAUCAUUCUGUUAAUCCCACAGCAGAAUGAAUAGACUCUGGGAUGCAAUUCUUUGUGGCCAGUUAAAUAAUAGGAACAGAUUGGUGUGUACAAUAUAUCAUGUUGCAAGUGGAGCCAAUCAUUUCAACAGAAAUAUAUAUUGGUCUAUAGAGAGUUUAUUCCUAUUGGUUAUAGAUAACCUUGGGUUUAAGGCUUUUUUUUAUAGCCCUUCCAACUGAAACUGUAAAGUUUAUAUUCCUUGUAUCCUUAUUCUUGGUGCUUAUGUGAUAUUCUUAUUUUUAUACUCUUGAUCAUUGACUCGUUUCCUUAUCUCAGGUUUACUUCAGGUUUUUUCUCACCUCUGCAUCAUUAUUCAUAAACUGGUUUAUUAAUAAAGAAUUUUAGGAUAUAUUUCCAGGUUGUUAAAAGAACAUUCACUAAAUAUAAGAGCAGCUGUAUGUUAUGCAAAAACUACUACAGUGGAGACCAUUUUUCUAUAAUCAUCAAAUGCAUGAAAGUUAAUUUUUAAAAUAAUUCUCCCCUGUCCAAUGAGAUUUUAAAUUUAUUAUCAAUAAGAAUCCACUAAAAUUUGGAUAUACUUUUGUUAAUAAAAUCAGUGAUGUGACUUAAAUAAGACUCAUGAGGUUGUGAUAAAGACUAUUACCCCAUCACUGGCUUUUUUCUAGUCGUGGAGGCUGUCAGUUCCUCUUUAGUUCUUCUUAAGAGCCUAUUCUCAAAGCUUACUUAUAUAAAUGUAUUUCAGAACUUCAAAAGGAGUAGUGAUUGAUUCUUAUAAAAAACACUUACCUUGUGAAGCUACAUUUUUAAAGAAUAAACCAGAAUACUAUAAACUAUUCACUAAUUGGGCCUGUAUUCCUGUCUGAAGUGAUGUUAAGGUGCAGUUUAUUCAGUAGCACACUGCCUGACUGCAUAAUGAAUAAACCUACACAUAUACUCUAUUUACAAAUAUAUAUUUAAUAACCAGGCAGAAAAUAAGUUACAGAUUCUCAGUGUAAAUAUUGAUUUGGAGACUGUAGUAGAAUAGCACCACAGACUGUAGAACACUGGACACAAUGGCAAACCUCAGUUCCAGCACACUUUUACCUUAAUAGCACCGGGAUUGAAAACUUCCAUGUCCUACCUUCUAUUUGCCUUUUUCAACUGGAUGCUAAGGGCAUAUACCCUUAUCACUUCUUAAUAAUAUAGCCAAUUAUAUCAUUGCCAUAUCAUCAUUUUUUGUUAAUGUCCAUGUUCAUUGUGUAUUGCUUUCUUGACCCAUGUUGUUAAUUUAUGUUACAAUAAAUUUAUAUG